AUCUUGGAAUGUCUUAACACUGAGCUCAAGCGCCGAUGAAGAACGUUGGAUGAUGACCCAUGCCAUUUCCAUUCUACCUUUCAGUGAUGAAACCCGACCCCCUCCCGACUUACUCAAAAUUUCGGAAUUUUAAAAGUAGCGACUCAUAUUUUAGAAUACCAUUUUUAAUCGGUCGUUAUUCGACAUCGCUAGAGCCCUUUAACGAGCUUCAAACGAAACUUCUUCCUCAACGGUGGCUACCGAACGUCUGUCUUACCUUACGCUUGUUCUCUCUUCUUGCCUUCACAUUGGGUCAUUGUUGUAUAGUGUCGGGAAACUACGAUCAGAAGGUUAGGUUCAUGUCUAGAUACACGUGCGAAAGGGGGUAUUGUAUUUUUUUCUUUCUUUCCGUAUCAUAUUCUGGUAUGUCAAGCCGCCAUUGUCUGACGGAACGAGACUGGCGUCUAAAUGGGCAAUGUAAAGUCCUUCAUAUAUAAGAAAUAUAUGUUCAUCAAUUACUGGGUUAUGCGCAGCAGCCGUACCUGUUGUACCGACUAGCUCAACGAAGUUCCUAACCAGUAUU